CAUCUUUUCUACCAUCCGUUUAACUUUUCUCUCUCUUAGACACACACACACAAUCAUAAACUAUUCUUCUUAAAUUCUUGAUCACAAGAUAGGUCCAUUUCACGCUUGCCUGGACACUAUUCUCUCUCACUCGUUCAUUAGUUAAUACAUAAUACCACUAAGAAGCCGGUUUUCCGACUGAAAGAAAACUCAGAUCUCAUCGCUUCUUCAAACCAAAAUUAUGUGAUGGAGGACAGCUUGGAUAUAAACGUUUGUUUGGAAGUCCAAUUUUGAAGCAAGAAAAAAGGAUGUCGUAUUUAAAUACAAGUGGUGGCAGAGAUUCUUCUAUUCUCAUAUCUCAAAACCCAACAGACGUCAUUUGUUGUAGAAGCCACCACUUCUCACUUCUCACCUCACCUUCUAGAGUCUAGAGAUAGAUAGAGCUGUUUUAGGGUUUUGUUAGAGAGAGAAAGGAUACAAUCUUCGGUGCAAUUUCUUUUAGGGUUCUAAGUUUGUCUUUUCCAACAACAACAAUAUCUGGAAACAUACCUAGAUCAAAGGUUUAAGAGAUCCUUGGAAGUUUCUUGUCUUGUCUUCAGAACAACUGAUCUAGUGGAGUGAGAAAGGAUUUGGGAAUUGGAAGCAUAAUUGAAAGAUGUUUCAGCCAAGCAUGUUUGAGACGAGCCACCAUCACUUGCUGGACAUAACCGGUCACAAGCCAAGUCCAGAAAAUGAUAUGGAGUUGAUGAGAGUUGACAUGAUUGAUGAGUUCGAUAGCAAAUCUGGUGCUGAUAUCACAGAAGCACCAUCUGGUGACGACCAAGAUCCAAACCAACCACCCAAAAAGAAGCGCUAUCACCGCCAUACCCAGCAUCAAAUCCAAGAAAUGGAAUCAUUCUUUAAGGAAUGCCCUCAUCCAGAUGACAAGCAAAGGAAAGAACUUGGGCGUAGGCUUUGCUUGGAGCCAUUACAAGUUAAGUUUUGGUUCCAAAACAAGCGAACUCAAAUGAAGGCCCAUCACGAACGGUCGGAGAAUACACAACUGAGGACAGAAAACGACAAGCUUCGGGCAGACAACAUUCGAUACAAAGAAGCCCUCAGCAAUGCCACUUGCCCCAACUGCGGUGGACCCGCCGCCAUAGGUGAAAUGUCCUUCGACGAACAACACUUAAGGAUUGAAAAUGCUCGUCUACGUGAAGAGAUUGAUAGGAUAUCGGGAAUAGCAGCAAAGUAUGUGGGCAAACCUAUGCUUUCAUAUCCUCAUGGGCCGUCAUCACGUUCAUUAGAUCUUGGAGUUGGAAACUUUGGGUCUCAGUCAAGCUUGGUAAGUGACAUUUAUGGAGCUGCAAGUGACCUUCUUAUUAGGUCAGUAUCAGGUCCAACUGAAGCCGACAAACCUGCAAUCAUCGAACUUGCGGUUGCUGCAAUGGAGGAACUAGUUAGAAUGGCUCAGGCUGGGGAACCCUUGUGGGUAUCUAGCCCUGAUAACACAGAAACUCUUAAUGAAGAAGAAUAUCUGAGAAUUUUUCCUCGAGGUAUUGGUCCGAAACCUGUCGGAUUAAAAUCAGAAGCUUCACGUGAAUCAGCUAUUAUCAUCAUGAAUCACAUCAACAUUGUGGAGAUCUUAAUGGACGUGAACCAAUGGUCGAAUGUGUUCGCGAGUAUCGUUUCAAAGGCCAUGACAUUGGAAGUCUUAUCAACUGGUGUGGCUGGGAACUACAAUGGUGCUUUGCAAGUUAUGACAGCCGAGUUUCAAGUCCCUUCGCCACUUGUUCCAACUCGUGAUAGCUAUUUCGUUAGAUAUUGCAAACAACAUGUUGAUGGAACAUGGGCUGUGGUUGACGUUUCCUUGGAUAGUUUGCGUACUGGUUCCUUAUCGAGAUGUAGGAGAAGGCCAUCGGGUUGUUUAAUCCAAGCAUUGCCAAAUGGGUAUUCAAAGGUGACUUGGGUGGAACACAUUGAAACAGAUGAUAGAGGUGUUCACAACAUAUACCGAGCCCUUGUGAAUUCAGGUAUAGCUUUCGGGGCUAAACGAUGGGUAGCAAACUUGGAUCGACAAUGUGAGCGUCUUGCUAGUUCAAUGGCGAAUAACAUCCCACCUGGAGAUGCUGGAGUUAUAACAACACCUGAAGGAAGGAAGAGCAUGUUGAAGCUUGCAGAGAGGAUGGUGAUGAGUUUUUGCUCUGGAGUUGGGGCUUCUACAGCUCACACAUGGACCACAUUGUCUGGAAGUGGAGCUGAUGAUGUUAGGGUCAUGACUCGAAAGAGUGUCGAUGAUCCUGGUCGUCCUCCUGGUGUUGUUUUAAGUGCUGCAACUUCUUUUUGGCUUCCCGUUCCUCCAAAGAGAGUCUUCGAUUUCUUGCGCGACGAGAAUUCCAGGAGUGAGGUAUUUAUACUUGUGGACCGACCAUUUUUUUAAAACUUUUUCACUAAU